AUGGUCAUGGCUGCCAACAACAACAAUCGAGGAAAUCCUGAUCCCUUCCACCUCGAUCCUCUCAAUCACGGUACCACUGCUGAAGGACAGAAUCGACACCGACGGGAGGAACAACAACCCCCUGCUGACGGGCAAGGAAGACCAAGGCAUAAAAUCUCCCAACCCAGCAGGAACGAGAAAGCUCAAAACAACAGGAACGAGCAAGCUCAAAACAACAGGAACGAGCAACCUAAAAACAAUCGGAACGAGCAGUCUCAAGUCCAUAACAGGCCAGAGAAAGCUCGAAACCAGAACAACGAAGCUGACUCCAGAGACGAGCAACCUGCCUCUUCUUUCACUCACACCUCCCAGAGACAGAGGACCCAGUAUGAGGAUGACCAAGAGCAAGUCAAUGUCCCCGAGGACGUUGAGUCCACAGCUGUCCUUUUGCUCGCGGCCCUCAAGAACACCAACCGCCUCAUCCAACAGCAAAUUGAGCGGAUCGACAGGCUGGAAAGGAAGCGACGAUCGAGAUCUCCCCCGCGGAGACGCCACCGAUCGCGUUCCUCCUCCUCCUCUCACUCCCCGCCGAGGAGGCAUCGCCACUGA